UCAUUCUUGUUUCAGACCUCCUCUGUAGUGGCAUCAGAAGGAAGCCUCCAUGAUGGGCACAGCGGACGAGCUGCUGGAUCUGAUGUUCAAAUGGAUGGAUCAGAAGGAGGGCUGUGCGAAGCAGCUGAGGAAACUGGCCCGGGAGCUGGAGGAUCUCAGAGAGAAGUGCAACAGGAACCAGUUUAUCGGGAACUCAGCGCAGGUGGCGGGAGCUGCAAGCCUGGUUGGAGCCGGCUUGAUCACAUUGAUCACCGGCGGAUUAGCGGUUACGUUUCUUGCGUUAGGAGCAACAUAUAUGGGUGUAGGUGUAACCAUAUCUGUGGUUACUCAUCUUAAUGAGCACCUCUUAUCCAGCGUGACGAUGGAGAAAGCGCAGCGCAUAGAAAGCAAGAGCAACAAGAUUGCAGAAAGAAUCAAGCGUCUGUUCGAGCAGCUGAGGAAGGAGUGUAAGGCGGAGAGCGUCAACGCAGACAAAGACGAGCUGGACCAACGAGUCAUGGCUAAGGUCCUGGGAGCCAUCGGCAGAAGGAAUGGUCAGAAGUGGACAGUCUGUGAUAGCAUCAAGUUGUCUUCUUCUUCUGGGCCACAGUUUCCUCUGAAUGAAAUAUUAUUAAAUGGAGUCUUGCCUGCAAAGGCGGUUGCUGGAGUUGCUCAUAUUUUAGAAGCCUUUGCAUUACCAGCGAGAGGAAAGUACCCUAAACUGCCGCCUGUUGAUGAAGCAAGCAAACAAAUCUUCAAAAUAAUGUUCACAAUUUCUAAAGUAGUGGGCACUGCCCUUAGAGGUACUGCCCUUAGAGACACUGCCCUUAGAGGCGCUGCCCUUAAAGAAGGGGUCGCUGCCCUGAAAGAAGGGGUCACUGCCCUUAUAGAAAGAGGCACUGCCCUUAAAGAAAGAGGCACUGCCCUGAAAGAAGGGGUCACUGCCCUUAUAGAAAGAGGCACUGCCCUUAAAGAAAGAGGCACUGCCCUUAAAGAAGGGGGCACUGCCCUUAAAGGAGGGGGAAAUGACCUUAAAGGAAGGGCCAUGAUUGCUGUUGGAGUUGUUGGAGUUGCUGGACUUGCGGUUGCACUUCCUAAGGCGAUAGACAGCUGGAAGAAAAUGAUCGAGAACAAUCACGUGACUGAAGCGAGCCAAUCCAUCAGAGGUGCCGCUGACGACUUGGACAACAUGAGCCGGACGCUGAGGAAUCAGUUCAAAGGCAUUAAGACGAUGAUGGCUAACAGCCAACGAGAACACGAGGAAAGGCUGAAGAAAGAAUGGUUCCAAAGAGCACUACAGGAACACGGGAAUCUAAAGAUGGCGGGCAUGGCGUUGGGCUCUCUGUUUCUCUUUCUGUUUCUGUUUCAAGGUGCAAUUUUCUGUAAAACAGAGAAAGAUAUGAGUUUGAGUUCAGCUGAGGGAAGCAUCCAAGGGAAGGAGACUGAAUUCCACAUGGGUUUAAGACAUGAGGAAGAAAGACAGGGCCAUCAAACAGAGUGGACAGGAAGUGAUCAAGAGAAAGGGAGUGAGUGUACAGGAAGUGAACAAGAGAAAGGGAGUGAGUGGAGAGAUGAAUCAUUCAAACGAAAGUUAAUAUAAUCAAAUAUAUUCUUGUAUAAUCCACAAAGAAAAUGCAUUGUAUUUCAUGUUGUUCUAUCAUCACAGUAUACAGAAUGUACGUGGUUAGGCCUGUUAUAGUUUAUCACUAGGGGUGUCACUGUUUAGAGGAGACAGCUGACUGCACUCACAGCAGGGGGCCCCUGACUCCAUGGAAGAGUACUGGAGCCCCAACAUGUGUUCAGGCCAGGGGUCUGCAACCUUUUUGACCAAAAGAGCCAUUUUGCCCCUUUUCCAACCAUUCUGUUUUUUCUGGAGCCGCAAAACAUAUCUGAUAACUUGAUAAAUAAAAGACUGAACAUCGUCA